CUGACGACUCCAGAAUCGCGAACUACUGGCUCCGUCAGCCCAAGAAUUCAAUCGGUUGCUCCCGGCACUCACACCUCGGAGUCAGGGCUGGCACAACCCGAGUGGCAGUAUCUCGAGGUGGUUCUUAAGAAAGAUGCACCGACAGGGGGCUACGGAUUCAGCAUCGCAGGUGGGAUCGACUUUCCCAUAUCAGAGGGUGACCCCGGUAUAUAUGUGACAAGGAUAGCACCCAAUGGCUGCGCUGAUGUUGACGGUCGACUCAGGGUGGAUGACCAGAUUUUGACCGUCAAUGGGAUCAGUUUGGAACAAGUCAGCAAUUUGGAAGCGGUACAAACUAUGAAACGCGCCGGCAAUUCAUUGCAGCUUGUUAUUCGUCGCUACAUCGGUGACUUUACCGCAGCGGAUCCGCGGGCACCUGAUAUUCCUGGUUCUCCUGAAACGCGAUCGCCAGAAGCAUCGUCUGACUUUGAAGAAAAGCAGUUAGAACCUGUUUGGUUUGAGGUACAGCUUCGCAAAUCUUCUCCAACUGCUGGUCUGGGGCUGAGUGUUGCUGGCGGAAAAGACUACGAGCACGACGAGACAAUCGCACAAGGUCUGUACGUUACGCGGAUUAAUCCUAACGGGCUGGCACACAAGGACGGGCGCAUCCAGCCAGGAGAUCAGUUGAUGCAGGUAAACGGUGUUGAUGUUAGCCACAUGUACCAUGCGGAGGCUGUUGAAGUUCUGCGUAAUGCGGGCCAAGUCCUCAACCUUGUUUUACGUCGUGUGCCCCGGCGGGUCUCUUCGGACUCCGGUGAAUCGACAGUUCUGGGCGUCGGUCGCAAAUGAUGCCAAAAUUCUCCUGAUCGUCCUUUACUGUUUCUCGUCAUCGUCUUCUUUCGUGCUACAUAUAUUGUGUGCUACUCUCACACUAAUGCUUAUCAGACGUUUGCUUAGACGUACGAACUGGGAUGUUUCUUUCGAUUGUUACAGAAUAUUGAAUGCAUAUUUCUCGAUGAGUCUAGAUGCAGCCCUCUUGACAAGAUCUGAUCCCGGCACAUAUAAUUGAACUAAUAAUGCUUAAAAGAUAAACGAUUCACAUCUUCGAUAGAACUAAAGUUGGUGGACUACGGCCGUCGCAGUUGAUAAAGCAUACAUAGCAGUAAAAACUUGCCAUCAUUGGAUUCCUUUGGUGCAGUGGAACCGUUAUGCAAGUUUCAUUCCAUACUGGUUGUGUAUUCCAGGAACAUUUCUGUUUAACGUGUG